AUGGAUACCAGCCAAUGGUGUGCCUACCAUGAAGACUUUGGUCACAUCACUGAAGAUUGCAAAAUGCUGAGAGGAGAAAUAUCUAUACUCUUAUCCAAAGGGUAUUUGACAGAGUUGAUGGGUAGAGAGAAGGCUAAAGACGUUGAAGGCAUGGAUUUCACCAAGCCAAAACCUACCCAAAAGGCAGAUUCUCCACCAGCAAACGCCAAAGUAAUUAACACCAUUUCUGGUGGAUCGGAAGUUUGUGGAACAAGUUACUCAGCAGCCAAGAGGUUUGUAAAGCAGAAUAAGGCAGAAAAAAGAGAAAAUAAGGUGAAGAAAGCUUCUAUCUCAGACUCAGAUACUAUUUCCUUUGAAGAUGACAACUUUGAUGACAUUAUAGAGCCUCAUCACGAUGGUUUGGUCGUUACUCUCUUUAUUGCUAACCACUUUGUUCGCAGGAUUUUAAUAGUUAAUGGAAGCUCUGUGAAUAUAAUCAAAUUGGAGACGCUAAAAAGAAUGGACAUCUCUGAAGACAACAUUAUUGGCAAAAUAUCUCCAUUAAUUGGCUUUAGUGGAGAAGCCAAUUUUGUGUACGUGGAAGGAUUGAACUCCAUGCAAAAAUUGCCAAUUUUGGCUUCAGGAUGGACAUCUCUGAAGAGAUUAAAUUGCCAGUAUACGUGGAAGGAUUGA